AUGGCUGCUUUCUGGGAGAUGAUGGGUGUUGAUGUCGAUGCUGGGCCAAGUACUGGACAUAUAAAAGUAGCAUUUGGGAGAUGCGAGGAGUGGUCUCAGGAAGAUCGCAUGAUGCUCGGAUACCUUGCCAUCUUCACUGGAUUCAUUGAAGGGAGAAAGUACUCAACCGCUACACGGGCUAGUCUUGCAAGGCUAGUGAUGGAUUUAGAAAGACUUGAGAAUUAUCAUUGGGGGAGAGUGGCGUUUAAGGUGUUGAUGGAGUCUUUGAAGGGUGUAAAUUUGGAAUCAAAUUCAUACACUGUUGAUGGGUUUGUUCAAGUUCUCCAGGUGUGGGCGUACUUUGCUCUGCCAGAAUUUGGUGCUAAUUAUGGGCAUCCCCUACCAAACAGACCGUCUCCGCUGAUGUUGGCUUACGAUGGUGGCAAAGGACACAUAUUUUUUAAAGAGGCCAUUAGCAGACAUGUAUUUAAACUUCACUCCCUAAGACUUCACAGAAGACUUAAAGCAAGUCGUCUGACUAGCGUGAUCAACUUCGUCCAGAAGGACUUUGCUGAGAUGUUUCCACGAUGGGACUUUGCGGAGAACAUAAUCAAAGUCAUGUUUAAUGCGAAAGCUAAUUGGAACUGGACCAUGAAUUGCUGGGAAGUCACCGGUACUAAAUCGAGAGUGAAGAAGGAAGAGAAUGUAGCGGAGACAGAGAGUGGUGUGAAGGAGGAAAGUGCAGUACCUCGGAAGAAAGCUCGUAAAGCGGCUUCUGUUGAGGCUUGUAAAGUGCCUUCUGUUGAGGCUAGUAAAGUGCCUUCUGCUGAGGCACGUGCAGAGGCUCGUUCAGAGGCUCGUUCAGAGGCUCGUUCAGAGGCUUCUACGUGUGUUGGUGGGAUGACCAAGGAGCAGAUUGAAAAAAGCUUCAAGGGCAUAGCUGAUGUCAUGAGGGAUGGGUUCGGGAUGUGCCUUAGGGAGAUCAAGUUGUUGGAGGAUAGGUUAAAAGCUGUGGAGAAGAAGAGUGAGAGUGUGAAUGGGGCGAAAGCAGGACAGAAUGGAGGGAAAGCAGGACAGAAUGACCCCCAAGAACCGAGUUCCUCGAAAGACCUGAGUGUUGUGAUAGCAAAUGAGCCUCCAGAACAUAGUGGUGAACCUAGAGUUCUUGUAUUGGACAACGAAGUACCCACUGAUUCAGAUUUACAAAAGGGGGAAAUUAGAAGGUAG